AGGGUUUCUUCUCUUCGUUUUCUGCAUAUCAGCUGCCGGGAGAGGGAGUGUGCGAGAAAGCAAUAGCGACGGUGAAGCAAAGAUGGAAGGAGCGGUAGAAGUACACAGUGCGAAUCCGGUAGCAGUGCACAGUGUGAAUCCGCAAGAAGAGAAGGUUCGCAGUGAUAUCCUGCUCUUCAACCGUUGGUCUUACGACGAUGUUCAGGUUAAUGACUUGUCUGUGGAUGAUUAUAUCACUGCCACCGCAGCCAAGCAUCCUACCUACACACCACACACUGCAGGUCGGUACCAAGCCAAAAGGUUCAGGAAGGCCCAGUGCCCUGUUGUGGAGAGGUUGGUCAAUUCACUGAUGAUGCAUGGAAGGAACAAUGGGAAGAAGCUUAUGGCAGUUCGAAUUGUUAAGCAUGCUAUGGAAAUCAUUCAUUUGUUGACAGACCAAAAUCCUAUUCAAGUGAUUGUUGAUGCUGUGAUCAAUAGUGGACCAAGAGAAGAUGCUACUCGAAUUGGUUCUGCUGGUGUUGUGAGACGUCAGGCUGUUGAUAUAUCUCCUCUCCGUCGUGUGAACCAAGCAAUUUACCUCAUAACAAGUGGUGCUCGCCAAAGUGCUUUCAGGAACAUCAAGACCAUUGCUGAGUGCCUUGCAGAUGAACUCAUUAAUGCUGCCAAGGGGUCUUCCAACAGUUACGCAAUUAAGAAGAAGGAUGAGAUUGAGAGAGUUGCCAAGGCCAACCGUUGAAGAGUUGGUCUCAUGCAUAAUCCAGGACUUUAUUUGAAAUAUUUAUACUUUUUGUACUUGUGUUAAAUGCUUCAGAGUCUAAAUUUUGUUUUGCUUGAUUUAGUUGGUUAUUUUCAGAUUUUUUUUUAUAUAAAUCCUUGAAGAUGCUCUCUUUAUUUAUUAAAUUAGAAUGGACUACUGAACUAUAUAUUAUCAAGUGAUAGUAGAGAUCUCAUUUAUCAUAUCUAUGGAUACAUAGUUGAUA